GUCAAAUCAGAAAAGGAGAAGCUUUAAAUGUCCCCUUAAUUUGACUGUUUCUUAGAGCCAAUACUAGUACAAAUAAUCAAAGAAAAGGCUACAAUGAACUAAUAUGUACAACUGAUUCUUUCAUUUUUCAUUUCUCACCAGCAUUCAGUCAUUCACCUUCUUCUGCAUCAUCGAACUCAAUGUCGUUUGCUUCGACAGAAAAUUGUAUCCCGGUAUGGAGACAGAUCCUAAAUUCAACGUUGCUCGUACUCAGAUCUCAUUCUCUCCAUUUCCAUGCACUUUCAAUCAUGUUCCUGUGGCCUAUAAUUUUCUCUUUAAUUGUAUAUCCUUCUUUCUAUCUCGCCUUCUUUCAUCCCGAUUAUAAUUUCAUCAUUUCAACUCAGUUUUCCAUUUCCAGUUUCGAAAUUUUUGUAACCAUGGUGUGCGCUCUGUUUUUUGCCCUGUUUUUCCUCUGUUCCAUAGCCACAAUUACAUAUAGCACCGUUCAAGCGUACAAGAAUAGACCGAUGAACCUCAUAUCGUCGAUUAAAUCUAUCAGAAGUUCUUUCUUCCCCCUUCUCUCCACCUUCAUCGUUUCUCAUGCCAUAUUCAUUUCAGUUAUUAUCAUUAUUGCCCUUGUUUUUGUUGUUUUACUCCAAAUUCUUAAAGAUCUCGGGUUGAUUGAACUCCAAAACGACUCGAAUCACUUCUGGUUUUUGUUCAUUCUCGUGAUCGUACCAGUACUGCUAUGGCUACAGGUGAACUGGUCAUUAGCUUAUGCGAUAGCAGCGGUUGAAUCCAAAUGGGGAUUCGAAACGCUGAGGAGAAGUGCGUAUUUGGUGAAAGGGAUGAGAUGGGUAGCUUUCUGGACACAUUUGUUCUACGGGCUAUCGUUGGGAGCAAUGGUGAUUGGGAGUAACGUCGUUUUUGUGAUUUUGGGUGUGGGAAAGGGUGAUCAUUGGCGGAGUUUUUCUGUGACAUCACAAGUCGUGCAGUGUACAGUGCUGGGAACUUUGGGAAUGAAUCAGUUUCUUGUAUUAAAUGCGGUAUUGUAUAUGUAUUGCAAGGACUUGGAAGGCGAAAAAUUGUCAUUCGAAGAUGUAUCAGUGCCAUUGGACGAGGACGAAAAGAAUCAUAAUAUUGUGUAGUACAUGUCGGUACUGAAAGAUGGUGAACUAUGUCUAAGUAGGUGAAUCGAGAGGAAAAUCUCGUGCCUGAGGGCUGCAGUAAUACUAAACAUACAAAUCAAUCGUGUUACUAUCAAAUCGUCUAGUAGCUGGUUCCUUUGAAGUUUACCUUGUGAUAGCUUGAGCCUGUUUAAUUUCUUUAAAAAUCGUGUAAGACUUGGUUUGUUUUCGUAAAUUACACAUACAAUACCACGUUCCGAUAACAUAUCAAUAUAUAACUAUUUGGCUCA